AUGGCCACCAACGGGACCCAAUCCAACCAGGCUGCCAAUAUCAUCACCGCGCUAGGGAAUGCAUUCAAGUCGCAGACGGGAGACCCUCUCUCUGGGGAGCGCAUUGCGCAGCUGCUCCUCCAAAACAUGGGCCAACUCGGGGAGCUCGCGAAGCAGGGCAAGCUGAACCAGCAGCAGAUCAUGCAGCUGAGAGAGUAUGCCGACAAGCAUAAAGCGGCGUUCACCUCGAAUACAACAGCUCCAACACAAGGUGUGCCCCCGCCGCAGCUAAACACUGCCAGCACGAGUACAAGCCAAGCACCACCGCCGAAGCCCGCCACAAUUAUACCUCAGCACGCUGCCUUCAAGGGCACCUCACCGACCCCGAUGCUCGGCUCAGCAUCCACAUCCCAGGAUACAUACCCAAUCAGCCAAACGCUGAACACGCAGAAUCCUGGACCUGUCGCGUGGCCGACGGCACAUCAGGGUCGACCUACGCUCACUGGUGGUGCAGCUGCAGGGAGAAUAGCAGGUACUCCAUCACAGACGAAGCCAUCAAGCGAAGAAGUGUUUGCAGCAGACGAUACACGAUCGCGGAGAAAGCCUACGCCUGGGGAUCAGAGUAUGCGUCGCUCGAUACAGGACCUAGUGUCCAGCCUUGAUCCAAACGUCAAGAUUGAACCCGAAGUCGAGGAUCUGCUCUUGGACAUAGCGGACGAGUUCAUCGACUCGGUCACAAACUUUGGCUGCCGGCUCGCCAAGCAUAGAGGCGGAGACACCCUUGAAGUGCGGGAUCUGCAACUACACCUCGAACGGAACCACAACAUACGCGUCCCUGGAUUUUCGUCAGAUGAAACACGCAUAACCCUUUCCCAACCCAGCGUAGCACCCGCGGCGCCACCUGGUGGCACGAAGAAGGGGACACAAGGUUCCCAAAUGACGCUGCGAAGCCACCGCCUUGCACAGGUACAACAAGCCAAGCGCGAAGCAAAACUUAUUUAA